AUGUUCGGAAUCACAAAGGCAAUCAUGCGUGGCGCCUCUCGCCAGCAGCUCACCUCCAAGCGCGGACGCAACCACUACAAGGGUACCGGAAGUGGUGCUAUGGGUCGUCACACCAAGCGUGGAGGCUACUUCAUCGAAUGGGAGAAAGUCCGCGCAUUUGUCGUCCCUGACUUGACCGACUUCAAGCUGUUGCCAUAUGUCUCUCGCUCGACCCAGAAGACCACUGGAGCCUUCACUGCCAAGGACUACUUCAACAAGGUCGAGGCUGUUGUCCCUGAGAAGUUGGCUUCAUAA